AUGGAAGAGUCCUAGAAAUAAUUAUCCCUAAAGAUCUUAGACAAGGAAUCGUAAACAAUGCAAAAGAGUCGCAUAGAUUCAAAUUCACAUAGGUUUUCGAUUAGGACUCUUCUUAAUCAGAGAUUUUUGAGACAGUUGCGCAACCUCUGCUUAGAUGGAUAUAAUGGAACAAUAUUUGCAUACGGUUAAACUGGUUCAGGCAAGACUUAUUCUAUGAGUGGUGGCGAUACAUGGAAUCAGAGAGGAAUAGUUCCAAGAGUAUUCACUUACCUCUUUGACGAAAUCCGAUAAAGAUCUUAGUAAUCCUACACAGAAUACAAUGUUUAUGUAUCUUACUUUGAGAUCUACAAUGAGAAUGGCUAUGAUUUAUUGGACAGAAAGCAUGCUGAACUGCAAUUCGAUAAAUGGAAUAAAAUAUCUCUCUAUGAGGAUAACAGUUCUAAUUUACAUUUGAAAAAUCUAACCAUUCAUACAUGUAGAAAUGAACAAGAUGCAAUCGACUUAUUAAUGAUGGGAAAUUUUAUCAGAUAAGUGAGUGCAACUCCGAUGAAUCCAGCAUCAUCUAGAUCUCAUUGCAUAUUUACAAUUGCCAUUGAAAGCAAAGACUUGACAAAUGACAUUAUUCGUACCUCGAAAUUGCAUUUAGUAGAUUUAGCAGGAAGUGAAAGAGUUUAUAAAAGUGAUCCAGACUCUUAGAUCAAGACUGAAGCUAAAUAUAUCAACCGUUCUUUAUCAUAUUUGGAGUAAGUGAUCAUAGCACUCCAUGAAAAAGCAAAGGGUACGCGAGUCCAUGUUCCUUAUAGAAAUUCUAUGAUGACUUCUAUUUUGAGAGAUAGUUUAGGCGGCAAUUGCAAGACAGUCAUGAUUGCAAAUAUGAGUCCAGAUAUUGAGAAUGAAGAAGAGUCAGUUUCAACAGCCAGAUUCGCUUAAAGGUGUGCUAAACUAAUCAACGAGGUUAGAGUUAACGAAGUCCUUGAUCUUAAUACCAUGGUCUAACGAUUAGAAACUGAAAAUCACUUAUUGAAAGUUACUGUUUAAAAAUCAUAAAUGGACACACCUCAAAGGUCAUCAGAGUAUCAUCUGGAACUUGGAGCUAUAGAUUCAGAGCAGACAAUUAACACAACAUCUGGCAAGGAAAGAUAGAGUAAUCAUAAUCACUAGCAAAGCUUUAGCAAUACAAUAAAUAACAAUCAAUUAAGGUUCCUUGAUAGAGAUCUCAAUUAGGAAGAGAUAAUUGAAUGUGAAAAAGCAGCUAGUGAGUAUAUAUGUAAUGACUCUUUUGAAAUAGAGUUGCAUAACCUCAAUGAGGUUAACGAAUAUUUUAGAAUAUUUAAAGAUGAGGUCAUAAAGAGAGAUUUAAAAUAUCAAAAGGAAAUAAGCGACUUGAAAGGCUAGAUAAACUUACUUAAAACUAAGGUUGAAAAUGGUUGCUCAGUCAGUGAUAAAAGAUAGAGCAAUAAUAGCUAAUAACAACAUGAAGCAAUGAGAUUUAACAAACCUUUUCAGAAUGAAAAUAUGACUGUGCUUAGUCAACAAUAAUAUUAGAUAAAUUAAAAUGCGAAUAAAUAAAGUGUAUAAAGUCUAGGUUAUCCUCAGUAAAACUAUCUCUUAAACUAAUCCCAAAAAGACAGCAACUCUAGUUCUGUAUUGAAGGAUAUUAAUAACAAUCAGUCUAUGAUGGAAGAGAGUCCAUAUUCAUACAAUGGUUAUGUGAGUGAGAAUAAUAUGAAUAUGGAAUUAGAAAACAAAAUAACUUAACUAAUUAACCAAAAGAAAGCAAGUCUGAUCUCCCCUCCUAAUUAGACAUUCGGUAAAGCUCCUAAAAAUUUUGGGGAGACAAAUCAAAGCUCUAGUUCAUGCAGCACAAUUAAUAAUCAUAUCAGUGGUGGUCCUAUUGGACCUUAACUUCACUUUGUAAAUUUGAACUCAGGAGGCUAGACAUGA